AUGGCCUCUUCGGCGGGCAAUGAAGGGAACAUCUACUCUGCCACCUACAGCAAUGUACCCGUCUACGAAUACAAACUAGGGACUGAGAAUGUGAUGAGACGGCGGGUGGACGACUGGGUUAAUGCGACUCAUAUCCUGAAAGCUGCCGGCCUGGACAAGCCGUCGAGAACUCGCAUCCUCGAGCGUGAAGUCCAGCGCGGCGUUCAUGAGAAGAUCCAGGGAGGCUACGGGAAAUAUCAAGGAACAUGGAUACCGCUUGCCGAAGCUCGAGCCCUGGCAGACAAGAACGGCGUACUCGACAGACUACGGCCGUUGUUCGACUUCAUGACCGGCGAUGCCAGCCCUCCUCCAGCACCCAAACACACCACCGCAGCGUCUAAACCAAGAGCACAAAGGGGGGGCGCUGGUGGCCGUCGAGGUGCGGCCGCAUCUACUCGUGGCUCAUUUACAACCGCCAACCAGCAGCACAUCCCUCCCGCACCGCCUGCUAUACCGCCUGCUAACUCGGCACCGGCCAGCUUCCACCAGGAUCAGCAACACCACCAGCAGCAACAGCAGUAUGGCGUAGGCCAGUCCUUCAAUGAGGCCUCGUCGAUAAUGCAGGGAAGCCCUGAGACCCCUUCCAUCAUGGCGGACGACGACCUUGCGCAGAUGUCUCCUGAAUCAACCCAGUCUCGCAAGCGUAAGAGAGGUGAUAACGAUGUCGCCAUGAGUAUCAUAGAACAGAACCACAUACUAUACGGAGACCAACUUUUGGACUACUUCAUGACCGUUGGUGACGACCCAAGCGCGUCCCGUGUUCUCCCUCCAGUGCCACCCACACACUUUCAAGUCGACCGGCCGAUUGAUGACCAAGGUAACACCGCUCUCCACUGGGCCUGUGCUAUGGGUGAUAUCGAUAUCGUCAAAGAUCUUAUCAGCCGAGGUGCCGAUGUGCGUGUACGAUCAAAGCACGACGAAACACCACUUGUCCGUGCGGUCUUGUUCACCAACAAUUAUGAAAAGCGCACAAUGGGAGAACUGGCGGACCUGCUACAUAGCACUAUCACAUUCCGCGACUGGUUUGGCGCAACCGUCUUUAACCACCUUGCGGCGACGACACGGAGUAAAGGCAAAUGGAAGAGUUCUCGAUACUACUGCCAGACCCUAAUCGACAAGCUCUCCCAAGUGUUUCCUAGACAUGAAAUCUCGUUACUCCUUUCGUCGCAGGACGCGAAUGGAGAUACGGCGGCCUUAACUGCGGCAAAGAAUGGAUGCUAUAGGCUUGCGACCACACUUUUGGCGCAAUGUCCUGAAGCAGGCGAUUUGCAGAACAGACACCACGAAACAGCCAACGAGGUGCUGAUGGCCCUAUACAAGCGGCGAAAGGAGAACCCUCCGCCCCCUUCGUCCGUCACAUACGCUCAGGAUAUCGACGGUGAAGGCGAAUAUGCCGUCACCACACCCACGGCGGGCAACUACGCAGGGUCAGCAGUCGCAACAGAGGCAACCAAUGCAUUACUUGUCCGAAUUGGCUCUAUAAUGGCUGAAGCUAACAGACGACUUGCUCGCGCAUACGGAGAGGCCAAGACACCUCCACACAGCAGUGGAAGCGGUGUCGGUGGCGGAGAGGAUAUAACAAACCCCAAGGGCCUGUAUGAGCAACUAGAAUCCGACCGGGAGAACAUCCGCACUCAAACAGAAGCUCUGCAAGCCAAGGAAGAAGAAAGCGAAGAUCUCGAUUCCCAGCUAACCCGAUUCAACGAGAUCAAAGCCAAGUACGAGUCUCUACUGAACCAGACACACGACCUCGAACUCACAUCGUUAUACGAAUCAAACGGCAUCACGGACGAUACAGGCGAGUCAGACUCAAACCGCGAACUGGCACCAGACGAAAUGCUGGAACUCUACACGCUUGCUAACGAACUGGCUCAAGCACAAGCCGACCGAGAGGAGGCCGUGGCUAAACUUAUCCGCCAACGAGCAGAUGCGGGCGUCAGCACCAAGCUGGACGUGCAUCGAAAGCUCGUCUCGCUAGCCACAGGUCUGGCGGAGGAAGAACUAGACCCGAUGAGCAGCGAGCUGGCAGACGCGUUGGAGUUUGACCGUGCCAAUGAGAAGAGAUCCGGUCCUGGUCCAAGUACUGCCAGACAACUCAUGGGUACUGGGGAGCCAGACCCCGAAACUCCCGGUACAGGUAGUCGAAGCGUCAGCCGGAAUGGCAAUGACGGCGCUGGCGGUGCUGGCAACAAUGGCAACGAGACUACAAACGGGCUGGACAUUGACCAUGCUGUCGACGCUAGCUCGGUGGCUUCCUAA